AGAAAAACUUGUUUUUCAUAACGAUCAGUGGAGUCUGACCUCUGUGGAUUCUCCCCCAUUAUUUACUACUCACAGGUGACCGAAACCAUGCCGUCACCAGUGGCCAGGUUGUUCUUUGUAAGCUUGUUUGUGUCGUCCCUCUGUCUAGACGAUACAACGCCUUCUUCACAAACACAGCUCGUCCCAACCCAGUUUGAUGAAAUAUGUACACCAGCGACCCCUUCCGAGGACAUCACACCAAUCAAAAUUAAGUGUAACCUGUCCGGAAAUAACCAACAAACCUGGAAGUUGGCUACUCUCAGAGACUGGAUCAUGGAACCAAAAAACAACCAGUCUGGUAAGCAAUAUUCAUAUGAGAUACAGUGCAGUUGGUCAAAUUCUAGCCUAUCUCUACCAUGGCCAAUGAAGUCACCCGGUCUGGUGGAGCUGGUUGUGAGGAACUGCAACAUAACAGAUGUGUAUUCUGAAUACGACCGACCAGAUAUCUACACAAUGGCUUCCGAGCUGGUCAGGAUCGAAAUAACAGAUUCAGCCUUGUCUAUUAAGCACUCACGUCUUCAGGAACUCUUGCAGGGAAUUGCAAACGUUUCGUCCGAUUUUGACUGUCUUCAGCAAGAAACCGUAGAAGUUAUCGUCUUCAGAAACAUUUCCUAUGUCUUAGAUGAUGAUUUGGAACACUGCUUGAAGCUUUUUCUCCCCCCAAAGGAUAACGGAAGUGUCAUCCCCCCGGAUCCAUCUUGCAAUAUCUUGUUUCUACCAACUGAGCUGCGCAACCUUGAAGUGGAAUGCAAUUUCAAGAAACUCCGUGUCAUUGAUGAAAGCAUCAGCAACACCUUGUCAGUCUACUACCACAGAUUCCUGACAAAGUACAAGAAGUUUCCUGUUCUUGAAUUCCUUAACUAUUCUUCCAACUAUAUUCGUGAUGUUCCAGAUGAACUGAGAGAUUGGAGCUUUUUACUUCUUGUCAUUGAAACACAUGGAUCUUUCUCACAACCAAAUUGAAAAGAUUACCUUUGAAUCGGUAUUCAAUUUAAACCAUGAAAACGACACGUACAUAAAUGUACAGUUCAACAACAUAACGACUCUCUCCAAACAGGACCUCGA